UUUCUUUCUUUAUAGCCUCCUCUGGUCCAAGCCAUCUUCAACCGUGAUAUAGAGGAGGUGCGGUCAUUGCUGAGUCAGAAGGAGAAUAUCAAUGUAUUGGACCAAGAGAGAAGAACCCCUUUGCAUGCAGCUGCAUAUUUGGGGGAUGCCCCUAUCGUUGAACUCCUAAUACUAUCAGGUGCUAACGUUAAUGCAAAGGACACCCUUUGGCUAACGCCGUUACACCGUGCUGCAGCUUCUCGCAAUGAGAAGGCACUUAACCUCCUCCUAAAGCACUCGGCAGAUGUCAAUGCUCGUGACAAGUAUUGGCAAACACCGCUCCACGUUGCAGCUGCCAACAGAGCCACCAAGUGUGCUGAGGCCAUCGUCCCCCUGCUUAGUAGCAUUAAUGUGGCGGACCGCACCGGUCGCACAGCACUGCACCAUGCUGUACACAGUGGGCACAUAGAGAUGGUAAACCUGCUCUUAAAUAAAGGGGCCAAUCUGAGCACAUGUGACAAGAAGGAGAGACAGCCAAUACAUUGGGCAGCCUUCCUUGGGCAUUUGGAAGUCUUGAAGCUGCUUGUGGCACGAGGAGCUGACAUCACAUGCAAGGACAAGAAGGGUUACACCCUGCUGCACACAGCAGCCGCCAGUGGCCAGAUUGAGGUUGUGAAACACCUGUUGAGGCUUGGAGUCGAGAUUGAUGAACCAAAUUCCUUUGGCAACACUGCACUUCACAUUGCCUGUUACAUGGGCCAGGAUGCCGUGGCCAACGAACUGGUUAACUACGGCGCCAAUGUCAAUCAGCCCAAUGAGAAGGGCUUCACCCCCCUGCACUUUGCUGCUGUCUCCACCAACGGAGCCCUGUGCCUGGAACUUCUCGUCAAUAACGGAGCAGACGUGAACUUUCAGAGUAAAGAAGGGAAGAGCCCUUUGCACAUGGCUGCCAUUCACGGACGGUUUACACGCUCUCAGAUUCUUAUACAAAAUGGCAGUGAGAUUGACUGCGCUGACAAAUAUGGCAAUACCCCCCUUCAUGUUGCUGCUAGAUAUGGCCACGAGCUGCUAAUUAGUACUUUGAUGACGAAUGGUGCUGAUACUGCAAGGCGUGGGAUCCAUGAUAUGUUCCCCUUGCACUUAGCUGUUCUCUUUGGAUACUCAGACUGUUGUCGUAAGCUACUUUCCUCAGGUCAGUUGUACAGCAUUGUCUCCUCACUCAGCAAUGAGCACGUGCUGUCUGCAGGCUUUGAUAUCAAUACGCCAGAUAACCUCGGGAGGACCUGCCUCCAUGCUGCUGCUUCCGGAGGGAAUGUUGAAUGUCUUAAUUUGCUGUUGAGCAGCGGAGCUGACUUGAGGAGGAGAGAUAAGUUUGGAAGGACUCCUUUGCACUACGCAGCCGCUAAUGGCAGCUAUCAGUGUACAGUGACGCUAGUCACUGCCGGAGCCAGUAUUAACGAAGCUGACUGUAAAGGCUGCACCCCCUUACAUUAUGCUGCUGCUUCAGACACUUACAGGAGAGCCGAGACUCAUUCAGGAAACAGCCAUGACACUGAUGAGGAGCCACUGAAGGAGUCACGACUGAAAGAGGCAAUCUUUUGUUUAGAGUUUUUACUGGAUAAUGGUGCUGACCCAUCUCUCCGGGACAAGCAGGGCUACACUGCUGUCCAUUACGCAGCUGCUUAUGGCAACAGACAGAACCUUGAAUUGCUCCUGGAAAUGUCGUUUAACUGUUUGGACGAUGUGGAAAGCACCAUUCCAGUCAGCCCUUUGCACUUAGCUGCCUAUAACGGUCACUGUGAAGCCCUGAAGACGCUUGCCGAAACCCUGGUGAACCUAGAUGUGCGGGACCACAAAGGGCGGACGGCUUUGUAUCUUGCCACGGAGAGGGGCUCCACAGAGUGUGUGGAGGUGCUUACCAGCCAUGGUGCUUCUGCUCUUGUGAAGGAGAAGAAAAAGAAGUGGACACCCCUCCAUGCUGCAGCUGCCUAUGGGAACACAGAUUCCUUGCAUCUUCUCAUUGACAGUGGGGAAAGAGUCGACAUCACGGAUGUCAUGGAUAUCCAUGGACAAACCCCACUGAUGUUGGCGAUCAUGAAUGGCCACGUAGAUUGUGUCCACCUCUUACUAGAGAAAGGAUCCACAGUGGAUGCAGCAGACAGGAGAGGCAGGACUGCACUGCACCGAGGGGCUGUGACUGGCUGUGAAGACUGCCUGGCAGCCCUGCUGGACCAUGAUGCCUUUGUAUUAUGUCGGGAUUUCAAGGGCCGAACCCCGAUCCAUUUCGCCUCAGUCUGUGGGCAUUCCGAAAUCCUGAGGACCUUGCUGCAGGCAGCGCUCUCUACUGACCCUCUGGACUCUGUGGUGGACUAUAGUGGCUAUUCACCAAUGCACUGGGCUUCUUACAGUGGGCAUGAAGAUUGUCUUGAAUUGUUACUUGAACACAAUCCAUUUGCAUACCUAGAAGGAAACCCCUUUACUCCAUUGCACUGUGCAGUAAUUAACAACCAGAAUGGCACUGGUGAAAUGCUUGUGGAAGCAUUGGGUGCCAAGAUUGUUAAUAGCAGAGAUGCCAAAGGAAGGACCCCCCUUCACGCUGCUGCCUUUGCAGACAACAUCCAUGGUUUACAACUGCUUUUGCGCCACCAGGCUGAGGUAGAUGCAACUGACCAACUGGGAAGGACCCCUCUUAUGAUGGCGGCUGAGAAUGGCCAGAUGGCAGCAGUUGAGUUUCUGCUUUAUAGAGCGAAAGCUGAUCUAACUGUGCUGGAUGUCAACAAGAACACAGCUCUUCACCUGGCCUGCAGUAAGGGUCAUGAAAAGUGUGCCUUGUUGAUUCUGGGGGAAACCCAAGACCUUGGCCUUAUCAAUGCAACUAACAGUGCUCUGCAGAUGCCGCUCCAUAUUGCAGCUCGAAAUGGACUGGCCUCUGUUGUUCAGGCUCUGCUGAGCAGAGGUGCCACUGUGCUUGCUGUGGACGAAGAAGGCCAUACCCCAGCCUUGGCUUGCGCCCCCAACAAAGACGUUGCCGACUGCCUGGCACUUAUCCUUUCCACCAUGAAGCCUUUUCCACCUAAAGACGCCAUCAGCCCAUUCAGCUUCAACCUCCUCAAGAACUGCGGCAUUGCUGCCAAAACAGCAGCCUGCAGUGCCCUCCCCAAUGGGAACAGCUGCCCCUACACCAAGGAUAGGCACAAUGCCAUUGGCUUAGAUGGCUGUUACUCGGAGUAGCUUAAGAACCAUGAUGGGUGGUCUAAUAUCUUCUAUUUAUUUAGGAAUUCUAUAAAUAUAGGACACUUUAAAGGAGAACAAGACUGGGAUUGGCCUUCCAAAAUGGCCUGGCCAUAAAACAGAAGAGAGGAUCUCAGCUUCUGCUUCCUAUCUAGACUUAUGCUUGGACCAGUGGUGACACUCGUCCUUAAACAACC